AUGACAGGUAAAGGGCACGAUGAGCUUACCAGCCGUACUGUCCGCAAGUUGGACCUCAUUCUCCUCCCCUUCUUAUCACUCCUCUUCCUCGUAAACUCUCUCGAUAGGUCAAACAUCGGCAACGCCGAAACUGCCAACUUCACCAGGGAUGCUGGGCUGCAAAAGGGUGAUCUAAACGAUGCGGUGGCAUGGUUUUUUGUGUUCUUUGUGGCGCUGCAGCCUGUGGGUGCCGCGGCGGGGAGGAAGUUUGGCAUGAGCGUCUGGGUGCCGAGUGUGAUGACGUUGUGGGGUAUCUGUACGCUGCUGCAUGUCUGGGUUAGGAAGAGGUGGCAGUUGAUAUUGAUCCGUAUUAUUUUAGGGUCUCUAGAAGCGGGCUUUUAUCCCACAACUGUGUCAUAUCUCUCGCUGUUCUAUACCCGCUAUGAAUUUGGGCGACGUCUGGCGCUAUUCUACGGCUCGUACGGCGUGGCUGGCGCUCUCGGUGGGCUUCUUGCGUUUAUCGUCUUCUCCAGGUUUCCAAAGGAUGGAGAGCCAUCGACAAGGAAAUUCGAAAAUGAUGAUUUCUGGAAACCAUGGCAGGUGUUGUUUAUGGCUGAAGGACUCUUGACGAUUGCAAUCGCCUUGAUUGGCUUCUUCUGGCUGCCGAAGAGUGCAGGUACUGCUUGGUUUCUAAAUCCUCUGGAGAGGCUAUGUGCCGAAAAACGGGUGGUUACUGAUCGUGAAAUGUCCUCUUCUCGUGAAUCGUUGCUCACCCCUGAUGCAGCCACUGGGGCAAUUGAUGGGUUUUCAAGCCAUGGGGAGCAAUGUCGCAGAUUGCUAGAAGAUGAAGGAGUCACUCCUGAGGCCCAGGCUGGAAAUGAUCGUGAUAACUUUACUGCCGAUGCUGGGCUAUCGAAGCCGGAGAUUCUUUCGACUGUCUUGUUUCUACCUUUCAUUUUUCCGAUCCUGAUCCUCAAUAUUGCUUCGGCAAUUCCUAGCACAGGAUUUUCUAUUUUCCUCCCGAUCGUUCUAUCUUCGCUGAAGAUGGCGUCUCCGUUAUACGCCAAUAUUCUUACCGUGCCUCCGUUCCUCUUAGCUUCUAUAACACUUUACAUUUUUAUGCACUGGAGCGAUAAGUCACGCAGGCGUUUUCUUCCUAUACUCGCGAGUCUUGCAGUCAUUCUGACCGGGCUUGUUCUAACUCUUCUAUUCUCCCCGCCUUCUACCUCUGCUGGGACUGCGGUGCUUUAUUUCUGCAUGUGUUUGCUAUUGAGUGGCUGCUUUAUCCCGAGCCCGCUCACCGUUGCUUGGUACGCGGGAAACAUCCCCGAUCCGGGCAAGCGUGCUAUUGUGCUUGGUAUCAACGGCUACGGGAACCUGGCUGGCAUCUUUGCAGCUCAGAUAUUUGCACCGAAGUACCAGCAGGACGGCUUUCGCACAUCUUUUCUGAUUACCUUCGGGAUCAUAUUUUUGAGUUUCAUUGGGUUUGCUGGAUUGAGAGUUGUGCUUGGAAUGAUUAAUAAUGCGCGGAAGAAAUACUUGCUUCGCUGGUCUGAAGCAGAUUUGGUGGAUGAACACGUUUCGGGCUUGGGUAAGAGGGACGGUUGGGGCGAGAACGUGCCUUCCCUGGUGAUUGUCGGGGGCCGCCGUUGGGAUAAGUACGUCAGAGACAUGGUUGGCGUGAAGCUCCUUGGCAUGGGCGUCAGCUCAGCGGCCGUGAGGCGUGGAGAUGAGAAGAUGACAUUUGAAUAUGGGUAUUAA